AUGAUCUUUUUUUUUUCCAGUAUUUUUCCGCUUUUCAUUUUAUUUUUUUCUGUUAACAGUUUUCGUCUACUGAAAAAGUCUCCCUUCUUCUCCUUCCAUUUUGCUAAAACUGUCUAUUUCUUCGUCUUUUUUCCCUUUGCUAAAACUUUCUUUGUUUCUUAUUUUUUCCCCUCCUUCGUUAAAUCUAACUUCGAUAUUCCCCUCCUUGCCAUUUGCUUACAUUAUUUACAUUCUUUGGACUCUUUUUUUCGUUUCUUUCUUUCUUUCGUCUUUACUAAAAUAUAUCUUUUCUUUCUUUCGCUUUACUCAUUGCUAAAACUUUCUUCGCUUCUUCUUCCUUCUGGAACUUACAUCGUUUCUCAUUUUUCUUUUCUCUUCAACAGAACUGUUUUCGACCAUGCUACUCUUUCAUCUUGGCUAAACUUUUCUUCAUUUCAUUUCUUUCCUCUUUUGCUAAAGUUCUUCCUCCUUCUUUCUCUUCGCAAAAAAAUGUUGAUGGAAUUGAAAAAUGCUCUCCCACUCUCUCCCGCUCCACCUACUCUCUCUCUCCCCUAUCUCUCUCUGCCCCUCUCCCCCUCUCUCAAGCUCUCUGUAUCUCUCUCACUCAGUCUCUCCUCACUCUCUCUCUCUCUGCCUCUCUCUCCUCUCCCUCUUAACCUCCCCCUUCUCUCUUCCUCUUUUUCCCUCUUCCUUCUCUCUCUCCCCUUCUCUCUCUCCCUAUCUCUCCCCUCUCCCCUCGCUCCUUUUAUCUUUCUCUUCCUCUCUCUCCUUCUUUCCCUCUAUCGCUCCCUCUUUCUCUCCCUCUCAUCUCUCCUUCCUCUCUCUCUCCACUCUUCAUUCUCUCUCUUCUCCUCUCUCCCUAUCUAUCUCCUUUUCUCUCCCCUCUUUUCUCUCUUUUCCUCUCUCCCCUCCCCUCUCUCCCCCUCUCUCUCCCUCUCUCUCCCUCACUCUCCCUCACUAUCUCUCUUUAAAAGACGAAAAUGCCUGUUCUCUUCGCGAGUCUAUUAUAAAUCACCCAUCUAG